UCACCCAAUAAGGCAUAAGCACAGCACGACGUAAAUAGUGUUAUCUACGACUUGGAUUUCAGAUUGGAUUUAUGACUGAUAUCUGAUAUUAUCCGAUGCCACUUGAAAAAGGAUUUUAGUUUUUACACAAUUAUUAUUGUUAAUAUUAUAAUAAUGUCAUAUUAAUAUCAACAUAAUUAUAAAAUACGAUUUUAUUAUAACUCAAUAGCAAUUAUUAUAAUACAAAAAUAAACACACUUUCGUCUUGUCCGAAUGGACAAACACAUGAUAUACGAUAUGAAUGGUUUUAUAGGGGACACAGACCAUAACGAACAAUAGCAGUAUCGCACGUUUUUGUUUUCUCUCUAUUAGUAUAGUCUAGCCAUCAGCUCUUGAUACUAUAAUAACAGUUUGAUAUAGUAAUUAGAUUAUUCGGUUAAACCGUUGUUAUUCGAGGACGUAUUUUUGGUGGUAGUCGACUUCUGAAACAUAAUAUUCAUUGACGUUUCCUCGUCACGGUCACACUUGUCCGUCGUAUGAAAAUGUAAGACGGGCUGUAUGCAAUGUCGCCGUUCAUCGUUGUUACGUUAAGACCGUAACUGUAAAUAUUACAGACAUAAUAUUAUAGUGUAGCUGCUGCGUUCAAAACAAAACCAUGAGUUCCCUAUACUCGACGCCCAUCGGUUUGAUCUUUGUUUUUAACCUGAUUAUUGGGCCGGGUUCACUGACGUUGCCAGCUGUUGUUCAAGAAACUGGAUGGCUUUUGAGUGGUAUAUUUAUUGCUACUAUGGCUUUUUUAAGUUACAUUACAUUCACAUUCGUUAUAGAAGCAAUCACGAUUACAAAUUCUAUAACACAACUUCGCAAAUUACAAAUGAUGAAAAGUGUUACCAGGGUAUUGAAAUCGUGUAAGGACAUGAUGCCACAAGUUUCAUCAGUUAACUAUGACAGACUUUCGAAUGCUAGUACGGAUAGUUAUAACAGUGACAAUGAAGCGCCUAUUUUUGACAAUCCAGUGUUACCUACAUCUAGUUCUUUAUUGGACUUUCCUCCUGAAUCUGUUGAAUUGCUUUCACUUGAUAAUAGAAUAGAAAUGGGUGAAAUGGUAGCAGUACUACUGCCUCCGUUUGCUAAAGUGAUGUUUUUUUUUUCCAUCAGUGGCUAUUUAUUUGGUGAUUUAUCUAUUUACUAUAAAGCAAUUGGACAAUCACUUGUAGACUUCACAUGUGAUCACAAAUCAAAUAAUAAUUCUGCUAAUAAGUCAGAUUUGUGUUGGGAAAAUUCAUCUUAUACUAAACAUGAAAUUUAUUUAAGCUAUUUGAUGCUGUAUAUCUUAAUAAUAGGACCAUUCACAUUUUUUAGUGCCCAAAAGACUAAAUACUUACAAGUUGUAGGUUUUUUCAUGCGCAUCAUUGCUAUUAUUGCAAUGGUUGUUCUAGCAACAAUACGACUGAUUUCUCCAACCCAAAAGCAUGGAUAUACACCAGCAUCAAACUUUAUGGCUAUGCCACAAUUAAUAGGCGCUUCGAUUUAUGCGUUUAUGUGUCAUCAUUCUAUUCCGUCUGUGAUUUCACCAAUCAAAAACAAAAACAAAAUACUGCUAAAAGUGGCAGCUAACUUCUUGUUAGUAUACACGUUGUACAUGUGCUUGUGUAUGACAGGUGUUUUUGCAUUCCCAAAAGUUAAUGAAUUAUAUACCAUCAAUUUCACACCAUCACAAGAUACUGGAUUAUUUUAUAAACUGAUCGAUUCAAUAUUGGUUCUUUUUCCUGUACUUACAAUCAGUAUUAGUUUUCCAGUUAUUGCAAUUACAUUAAGAAAUAAUAUCCAAGUGAUGUUUCUUCCAAGCGAUGCUCAUUGGAUCUGGAAGCGAAUAGUUAUACCACUAUUCUCCUUAAUUACACCUGUGCUACUAGCGGCUUUUGUGUCACGUCUUGAAGUUUUAGUUUCGAUUGUCGCUGUCUAUGCUGGUACUGGUAUUCAAUAUGCAACCCCUGCAUUAUUAGUCAUGGCUGCACGUGCUGAAAUUCCACAACAGGUGGCUGCAAUUAAAAAUGAUUAUUGCUCACCUUUCAAGUCUAAAUAUUGGCCACUGUGCAUUUUGAUAUGGACGGUGAUAUGUGUGAUAGUAUUGACAAUUUCCUUGAUAAGUAAAGAAUUCCAAUGAAAGGUGGACUCAUACUUAUUUUAACUUGUCGCUCCAUAUUUUGUUUGUCUACCAAUCUUAACUUUUAUUAAUUACGUGUUACGUGAAUACUUUUACUAAAAAGUUUUAUUUUAAGAGAUAUUAAGACUAUGAUUAUUUACGUCACGUUAAGUGUACACAUAAUAUUUAACAUAGUAUAUUAUGUGUUGUUAUUAAAAAUAUAUAUUUUUUUUUCAAUUAAAUUUUAUAAAAAAAAGAUGAUUAAGUAAAAAAAAAAAAAGAAUUGAUUAAUAUAACUCAUAAUUGAUAUAUAAAAUAAUAUGUUUUGCAAGGUUUAAUAUUUAUUAAAUAAAUUCUUGUUAUUUUUUAUUCAUAAUGAUUACAUAGUUUGUUUUGUCUCCAAGAAUAAUAUUCUGAUGAUUUAUUUUCAUCAAACAUAUAUAUACAACUAUUGUACAAACAAAAAUAAAU